GCUGGUCGCUGUAGCCGUACAGUGUGUUUGUUUGUGUGAUUUUAAGUUACAUUGGAAUUUAUAAAAAUACAUGUAUUCCCUGGUAUAAUUUCAGACAGGCGUUCACGCGGGACUCCUAUAGCGUAAUGUCGAGUCUGUAGUCCUUUGGCAAAGUGGGAUUAGCCAUGUAGCACAGAGCCGUGAAGUGAGCGAACACCUCUACCAAAAACUUCCUCUGCUCUGUUUGUCAUCGAUUCAAGACUUCAAUUUAAAGCCUGAGGCCACGUUAUUUUUGAGGAAGUGUAGUUGUUGUUUCGGUGAGGACGUCGAAGAUAAAGUUGCUAUCGCGUUAGCCCGAUGUUAGCCCAGUCGCUUUGACAUAAAAGGCUGCCCUGCGUUUCUGUUUACGGGAACACAGUGUGCCCCUUGUAGCGGACCUGCGUCUCUCGUUGUGUAAUUAUCCAACAUUGCCUUGCCUAUGAGACUGCCAUUGAAUCAUAGUUGGAUCAUCUGUCUUGGCCAAAUCACGGAGUGACAUCGACAGCCCUGCUAAUGAUAGAGGUAACGCGAAUUUGGGAAUCUCGUGUCUUCACAACUGCUAAAAAUACUCUCUGUGACUCCUUGAACCAGUGUGUCCGUCCACACUUUUGUCUUUUCUUGUGUGCGGGACAGGAUCCUCAAACUACAUGGUCCCCACACUCAUUUAUAGAGCACCCGAAGAGCGAAAAGGACCCCAGGGCGCAGAGCAAGUUGGACUUUUAUACUGCACCGUGUGGGAGACAGUCUUUUCAACUAAAAUGCUUGGAAUAAUAACAUCAAAACUUUUUUAAGUUCAGACGUAAAGCCUUGUUUUCAGUGGCAACUCUCCAAAAACAAACUGGGUCAACUGUCCACAGCUGAACACAAUGUCGGAAGAUAACACCGCAGACAAGUUUAUCAAGGAGACAUCAAUUCUCGAUGAGUAUAACAUAAACUGGACACAGAAGUUGGGAGCUGGGAUCAGCGGACCUGUACGCGUCUGUGUGAAAAAGUCAACUCAGGAACGGCUGGCCCUCAAGAUCCUCAUCGAUCGCCCCAAGGCAAGGAACGAGGUGCGCCUCCAUAUGAUGUGUGCCCAACACCCAAACAUCGUCCAGAUUUUGGAGGUGUACGCCAACAGUGUCCAGUUUCCACAUGAGUCCAGCCCCAGAGCUCGACUCCUCAUCGUCAUGGAGAUGAUGGAGGGAGGGGAGCUGUUUCACAGAAUCAGCCAACACCGACAUUUCACUGAAAAGAUGGCCAGUCAGGUCACAAAGCAGAUCAGUCAGUCUUUGGAACACUGUCACUCUUUAAACAUUGCACAUCGAGAUCUAAAGCCAGAGAACCUGCUCUUCAAGGACAAUUCUCUUGAUGCUCCAGUGAAGUUGUGUGAUUUCGGUUUUGCCAAAAUUGACCAAGGAGACUUGAUGACGCCCCAGUUCACUCCUUAUUAUGUAGCACCUCAGGUACUUGAGGCACAAAGAAGACACCAGAAGGAAAAAUCUGGAAUAAUACCUACCUCACCCACUCCCUACACGUACAACAAGAGCUGUGACUUGUGGUCCCUGGGUGUGAUCAUCUACGUCAUGUUGUGUGGAUACCCUCCGUUCUAUUCAAAGCACCACAGUCGAACCAUCCCCAAAGACAUGAGGAAGAAGAUCAUGACCGGCAGCUUUGACUUCCCCGAGGACGAGUGGAGCCAGAUCUCAGAGAUGGCCAAGGACAUCGUGCGCAAACUUCUGAAGGUAAAGCCAGAGGAGAGGCUCACCAUAGAGGGAGUCCUGGCCCACCCGUGGUUAAACUGCACUGAGGCCUUGGACAACGUGCUGCCCUCUGCACAGAUGAUGAUGGACAAGGCUGUAGUAGCAGGGAUCCAGCAGGCCCAUGCAGAGCAGCUGGCCAACAUGAGGAUACAGGAUCUCAACAUCAGCCUCAAGCCCCUCAACUCUGUCAACAACCCUAUUCUCAGGAAACGAAAACUACUCGGGCCUAAGCCCACAGAUGGUUUCUUCAUUCAUGACCCAGAAAAUGGAGAUGAAGACUUAAACAUCGCACUAGAAAAACUACGAGAUGUCAUUGCACAGUGUAUACUACCCCAGGCUGGAGAAAACGAGGAUGAGAAGCUGAACGAGGUGAUGUACGAGGCCUGGAGGUUCAAUAGAGACUGUAAACUACUCAGAGACGGGCUGCAGGGACUCAGCUGGGACGGACAUGCUUUCUCUGAUAAGGUGGACCGGUUGAAGUUGGCUGAAAUCAUAAAACAGGCCAUUGAAGAAAAGACAAAUCUCCAAGAAUCCCAUUAGCAAGUGCUGUUUGUUCUCCUUUUUAUAUUGUUAAUUAUGAUCCUUUUUAACCAUAUCUGUAAAGAAGCUUUUUUUUAUGUCCAAUGAUGCGCUGAUUUCAUGUUUUCAUGAAUUCACAAGCACGACUUAUUGUACAGCUGUGAAUACAUUUCAAAAGAGGACUUAUUGCUACUAACAUUUUUAUGGACAUGUGCAGAGAACAUGGUCAAAAUAUUUUCAGUUUUGCAAAAAAGGAAAAAAAAAGACAAACGAAGGAGGAAACCAGUCCAAGAAAUUAUUUUCUGGGAGAGAAUUUUUAUUAGCAGUUAGUUCAAUGUAGUCCAGUGUUUUUACCCCCAAUAAUUUAAUUUAGAUGUAUUUUAUUUUGAAUCAUCAUACAGACUUUAUUUAUUUUAUAAAAGAGUUCAUUGUUUUAUAUAUUAACUGUAGCCUGGCAGUAGUAGGCUCUAAAGUAAAGACGCUGUCCACACUGUGACCCUGUGUUCUUCCAUAAACUAUUGCUGGAUUUCAGAUCACAACAUAAAGGAAACUGAGUAAAAUGAAUAACACUAAUAUAAAUAAUUGUUUUCAUAAUUUUUAUAUUAAUCAUGAAAAUGUAUUGAAAUUAAUUUGGGAAAACCAGCACCCAUUGAAAGUCUCACAUCUACAGCCACUAAUUCUGAAUUUUUUAUUCACUUAAUUUUUAGCUGUUCAAAAAUAGACACAACAUUUAAUGUUAAAGUUGAUAAGAAAGGACAAUUUAAAUUGGAAUUACUAGUUUAAAGUGUAUCUACAUUUUGCACCACAUUUUCCCAUUUGGUCUAACCUCGUUUUAAUAUACAAUUUUAUGUCAUCUAAAAGGAUCAGUGUUUAAAUAGAUAAUUGACUAUUCUAUUGACUAUUGUAGAUACAUUUUAUAAAUAUUUUUAAGUGUUGUAACUUUUUAACAAUUGUAUUUUCCUUUUAAAUUGUCCCUCCUGUCAGCUGCUUUGUGUCACCAACAUAAAAUGAAGUUAAUAUUGAAUGCAGCUGUUGAUAUAUUUCUGGCAUGAAUUUGUAAAUUAAGUAACUUUCAAAAUCUGUAAACUGUGAAUUCAACAGGAAUCUAAACAAAAUGCAGAAUAGUUUUAAUGCUACUUGAGCCUUUUUCAGAAACAUUUUAAACUGGAGGAGGGUCAAUGAGCUCCUCUAUUGAAUGUGCAAUACAUCAGUGACUUCACAUAGGGCUGGGCGAUAUGACAUUAAAAAAUAAACUGAUCCUUGUGGCAAAAUGCUAUUUUAGUGAUGCCAUCAUAAUGUGAUUGUUUGACUUAGACAAACUUUAUUGAUCCACAAGGGAAUCUAUUUGGACACAGUAGCUCACACAUCACAAUAUAAUAUAAUUUUAUUGUGCAAAAAUAUAAUCCGUAAUAUUAAAUACAGUGCAAGUAGCAAAAAUAACAAGAAACUGAUGUCAAAUAAGGCAUAAUUAUAUAAAUGUAUAUGUAAAAAUAAAAUCUAGUUUACGAGAGGUCAUAAGGAGAAAUGUGCAAAGAUUAAAUAAGCUUCUGUCAUGUCAAUCAUUUAAUCUAUUUCACAAGGGGGAUGAUUCACAGUCUUUUUUCAUUUAAAUAUAGUACUAUGCUCAAACAUGGACAGUGUUUCCCACCUACUCCUCCUAUUGGUCAGCUGCUGUUAUUUUCUGAAUGAGUAACAGGUGGGUCAAUCCAAUCAUAGACAAGUGUGAUAUUUCAGAAGCAGCAGAUGGUGUUAGUAAUCUCUACUCGUGCCAAUUUUUAUUUUCCAUAUACUGAACAAUAUUUUUUCUCUAAUAGAAAUUGAUUAGCAAUGCAGACAAGGUGCUUUAUGCAAUCACAAUAUACGAAAAAUUGUACAAAUGAUGAAUGUGCGUGAAAGUUAAUUUGGGCUCUAUUCUGCAGGUUUACUUUAACUUGUUGGUUAUGUAUUUUGGCAAAUAUUGGGUAUAGGUAUCUACUGGGGAAGAAAAUACUUAUCAGACCAUCCUCUAUCUCUAAACAGUCAUAUAAACACUACAAAUCUUACAAAUUAUUAUAUGGAUCAUGAUAGAAAUCUUAAAGGUGCAUUGCAUAACAUUUCUAGUGGAGGGUGUGCCCCCUGAUGUCUCCAUGGAAAUAUUAUUGCUUUGUCUAGAUUGUUCCACAGUAUCUAUCAUGAAGGAGACACGCAGGUUACAGCACUACACUACAUUACAAUUCAGAUCUGUGGAGAGUCACCCCUAUUCACAGAAGGAAUUAUCGUAUUGUUGAGCAAUAGAAACACACGUAAUGAAGAAAUGCUAGAUGGAUAUGUUUAAAGUCAUAAAAGAAACAUUCCCGGCAAAGCAAUAACAUCACCAUGGAGACAAGUAAAUAGCAGAUCCUCCAGCAGAAAAGUUGCGCUGUGCACCUUUAACUGAAAUCUAGGCUCUAAGAAAACCAUUAUAUGAAUUUUCUGUCAUAUCGCCCGCCCUUAUGUCCACAUCUCAUUUUGUUCAUCGUGCUUGUAGUUAAUGGUAGUGAUAGUACUAUGUAGCAGUGCAUCAGUAUUCCAGUCCAGCACAGAUCUUCAAGCUUUUUAUCUUCUGCCUCUCCUCCAUCUGCUGCAUUUUAAAGAAGGGAGAGAUGUAAAAAUGAAAAUCUCAGCAUAAAAAAGCCAAGCUGAAAAAAACAGUGCUUUACUUUUACCGAAAUAACAUGUUUACCUGAUGUUGACGCCCAUUUGAAGAAGGGUCGUAUUACUUUAAUGUGAAUCCAACAAACCAAUCAUAAUAUUUAAAGGUGCACUGUGUAACUUUUCUGGUGCAGAGUCCACCACCUGCUUGUCUCUAUGGAGAUGUAAUUGCUUCACCUUGAAUGUUAUAUAGUAUGGAGACAAAUUACUGGUCAGAUCUAUGGAGAAGCAACACUUGUAAUUGAAUACAUACAAGGCAGAUAACUUUAAUGCCACAUUAUGGAACAAAUAACAUCUCCAUGGAGACAAGCAAGUCGCCAGCCGUCCACCUUAGAAUUUACACAGUGCAUAGUGUUUAAUAUGGAGGUGGAGGGCAGGGGAGAAUAAUAUAAUAUGAUGAAUUUGCCUUUAAUUUGUCAGAUUGCAGAUGUUUUAACCUGGUUUAUUUUUUUUAAUUAAGCAUCACAAAUGAACUAAAGUUUUUGCAUUUUUAAGAUGUGCAACCAUGAUUGAAUUUAGAUUAAAAGGGCCUAUGCACAAUUUGAACCAAACCAAGUGAGGAACAGGCUUUGUUCUCUCUCAAACCAUGACUGAGAAAGAACAGUUGUUUCUCGUCCCACCAUAUCAAUAAAAAUUUCUGCUCCUGGCAAUUGAUAACUUAUGGUGCUUAUCCAACAGAAUGUAUAGGCAGUGUAUUUUUGUCCACAGAUAGUUGGUUUUACAAUAUGCUGUAGGCAGUAAAAGUUAUUUUUUGAUAGGGAAGAAAUAAAUUGGAUACAGACCAUAGGCUGUAUACAUAAAUGGACAUAGCUGCAGUGUUCCAAAUAGGAAGUAAGCAUGGGAGUUCUUCCUGCUCCAUCGACUCUGGCUCCAAUUCACUUCAAGCUGAAAAACUGUCGCUCCUCUCUUAGUAACUGCUGCUGUCAGACUCAUCAUUUUGGUCACAAAAUAUUCCCCAAUCUACGUGAUCCUUUAUUUCGCUAUUUUAUCCCAUAAUCAAGAAAUGAACAUUAAUAACAGACAAAUCAGGUGCCUUCUUUACCAGAGGUUGCUUUUGCUAGUGUUAACAACAGGUUUGAUUGACUGCUCCCUGCUAAACCAGCGGGGCACGCGGGAAGCGGAGUUACCUUCAACAGCCUUGCUUCGGCUUAGCUCUUUGGUUUCUCUGAUACUCGUGGCAGGAAUUCCAUAUAUCCAAAUUCGCUCCAUAACUGCAAGCCUCAAUUAACUUUAUUUGACUGGAGUCAAAUUCUGUGGGUGACAUUACACUCAUUUGGUUCACUUCUUUAUACAGUCUAUGCAAAUGUGGCAAGUUUGUUAACCCAAUCCCUAAAACUAAUCAUUUGUAGAUUGUAUGGUUGGAUAUUUAAUAAAAAAAAAAUGUGCCUGUAUAAUUUUGUAGGCCCCUGCCCUCCAUCUGAAAACACAUGGAAUUCUAAAACAUGAACACACUUUAUGGAAUAUUAACACAAUCUGGAAGAAUUUUGUACAUUUUGUGACUCUUGAGCAUUUCUGGUGAAUCACAGCAUGUCGAAAAGCCUUAUGAAUACAUACAUAGCAUGUUUUAUGCUCAAACGUGCCUUUUUCAAUCUACACAAUGCUAAUCAAUGCUACAAGCCUCUCUACAACUGUACAAAAUAAUUUAAAUAUUUUCUCAUAUCUGAAAUUGUUUGUUAAUUUCUCUUCUAAUUUAUUUUGAUUUUUCAGUAUUUUUGUAAACUUCAAAUCUCAGUAUGCAGUCAUUGUUUAGACAGAGUGCAAGCGAAGUGUUUUCAUAUAGUUUUUGUAAGUGCGCCUUAUUUAUUACAUGGUUUAUGCUCUUAAUUAAUUUAUCUCUAUAGCAUUCUUGUUUUGUAUUUAUUAAGGGUAAAACCAAGAUGCUUCCUUCCAAAUUUACAGGCAAAGGUUCCUCAGUCAUGCAAUCCAAAGCUUUAGUCCGCCCAGUGUUACGAUCCUACCUACCUCCAUAGUAGCUACAUCAGGAGGCCCUUGCUAUUUUUUCAUGUGAGCUUUCUGAAAAUUAAUGCUUUUUUCUCAAAUUGUAAUCAAGUGCAACCAUUGAUUUUGCAUAGUACUGUAUACUGACCAUAGGUGGGUAGAGUAGCCAAAACUGUACCCUAAUAAGAGUACCAUUACUUUUAAAUUAUAAUACUAAAGUAGAAGUUUUGACUCAAAUAAUUACUAUUUAAAGAUUUAGUGAAUAUACUGAGUAAUUGUUGGAAUAAUAUCUGAUUUGUAAUUUACAGUUUAAACUAACCAGGUAGACAGAAGAUUAAAUAAUGCAAAGAUACUUGUAAUUCCAAAAAAAGGCCUUUUAACAAUGUUUAAGGUUUACAUAAAUGUUGAAACCAAGAUACUAAUAUAUACUAUAGCUAGUGUCGAUACUAGAUCAAUACUGAAAGAAAAUCACAUUAACAAGACAAAGAUUUGAAAUUCUUGAAUAUUUUUUUUAAUGGCCUUAACUAUUACAAGGCCACAUGAUAAUAUUAAUGAUACUGCUAUUAUUUUGUGUUUAAAAAUUGCCUAAAAGGAGCCUUUAUUAUCACGGUGGUAUCAAAAUCAGUGUUGUAAAUCUGGCCUUUUUAUUUGUUUUGAAAUGGUUUGAAAAUGUAAUAACAAAAAGCACUUAGACAUACUCAGUGAGAGGAGUAACCCAAUGCUUUUACUCAAGUAAGAGUACUGCUACUUCAAAUAUUACUCAUGUAAAACUACUGAUAAAAAUAGGAUUUUUUUUUCAAAAUGUUACACAAGAAAUACAUUUAAAUAUGUAAUAAAUAUAAUAAUACUACUACCCUCAUCUAAUACGUUCUAAAAAUGGUUUCACUGGCCUUACACUUUGCUGCCGUUGCUUCCUUCCUCUCAUUUCUUUGUAAUUGCGGAGUCAGGACAAAUUGACACUAUUUUUGGUACAGUGUGUGUCAGAGUUCAUGAAAUCGUUUUGGGGAAAUGAAAUCAUCUUUAACAACGCCUUUUCCGUGGACGGCGUUGAUGUAGCAUGUACUUGGAUCAUAAAAGACUAUGUUUUUAUCGACUUGUCUUUUCUGGAAUGUCAUCAACAUGCUGACUUUGUAAUAAAGAAAAGAUUAUCAA